CAUUGCUGUUACAAGUAAUUAGAGCAAAUGGAUGACCCCCAGCGACAUUCUAAAGUUUAAUACUUCGCUGCUUUUCGAAAUGUAUACAACGUAGUGGUCCAGUCAGCACAUAAAUUGAAAUACAGUCAAGACUCACGCGCGUCAAAACUAGUAAUUCAUCAUAGUAAGUCAGUGCCAGUCGGUAAUCGUCCACAUCUGGUUUCUGUUUGGAAUAAUGGCGGACAUUGCAAGCACGGACGAGGAUGAAUAUAACGAUUCAAGGCCUGUGUCUGAAAAUCCGAAAGUACGAAAAUCAGACGAAGAAGUUGUCAGGGAUUUAAUCGAUACAGCUCGAGCCCUUGGUGCAAUUACUUUAGAUAUCAGUGGUAGGAACAUUUCAAAGUUUCCUGAAGAAAUACUGGAACUCAAUCAUGUUGAGUAUUUAUAUAUGGAAGGAAAUAAUUUGACAGAGUUACCACAGACCUUAUUUAAAUCUUUAGAAAACUUAAUAUGGUUAGAUGUACGAAAUAAUCAACUGAGAAAUCUUCCAGCCACUAUUGGAGAUAACAGAAGUAUGAAAACACUAUUACUAGAGGGAAAUCAGAUCACAGAAUUGCCACCUGAAUUAGGUUUAGUUGACACGCUGAAUGGUUUGAAUCUACAAAACAAUCCAUUGGAGUUCCCACCUCCUUAUAUAUUAGAGAAAGGUGUUAAAGACAUUUUGAGGUACUUGAGAGAAGCAUUGGCAAUCAAAAAUAAUAAACUUUCAGCAUCCGAUUUGAGAAUGGAAGAUCUUCGCAUCAAUGAUAUUGAUAGGUAUUCAUCAACAAGUUCUGAUGAAUACAGCCAACCCCGUUCCAAGAGUGGCGGUAAAAGGAGGCGGCGUGUAUUCAGUGGACAGUCAAGAACUACAAUUGUUAGUGAUCCAUCUGAUAUUGAAUUUCCAAGACCGCAAUCUGUUAGUUUACAUAAACCUAUAUCGUACAAUGAAUACAGACAAUUACAAUAUGACAGGUUCAAAAGAGCAGGUGCAUUAGGAAUUCUUGGGAAAGAAAGGAGGAAUAAAAAGAAGCAGCUACAGAGAGCUCCAUCACCACCGAUGAUUGAUCCAAUCGAAUCGAGAAUAAUUGAAGAAAGAAGACUGGCACAGUUAAGAGAAUUGAAAGAAAAACAGUUACUUAUAUUACAGCGAAGAAAAGACAAUGAAUUACUGAAAAAUUGGCGUGAUGAAACCAGAGAGUUACAGCGCAAACAUUACAUUAAAGCUGUUCAAAUGAACAGAGAAGCUUGGUUUAAUUCAAACCCAACAGAUUUCUAUGAUCCGUCAGUGGCUGCUCCGUAUGGCACUGAUCCAGCGUACAUGAAGAUAAUGACCAAAGAAGAUAGAAUUAAGCAAGAAGUUAGAAACAGACAUGAAGCCUUGAAAAAUAUGCUGUCACCGAGAUCUAAAAGAAGAUUGGAUGAAUCUCGGUAA